AUGAUUUGGGUGUUAUUGCUCUUAUGUUGGUUCAGCAAUGUUACUCAUCAGCAAAGCCUUGCAAAUAGUCUUUUUGCCGAAGAAGGCACACAGCCAGGAUUUGUGACGAAAAUCAACAAGAAGGCAUUCAAGAUAGUGGCCGAGCAACUCAAGGAUCGCGUUCUAAAAUUCAUGAGAACUGAUGGCCUAGAAUUCAAUAUUUCAGCACCAUUAACCAAUCAAGUCCGUUUCACAUUGCGCUCAUCUCGGAUUAUCUCCUUUGAAGAAGCUCAGUUCGAUUCGGACAUGUUCAUCGUACCACAGAAAGGCAUCUCAUGGACGGGAACGAAUAUCAAUGCGACACUUUUGGCAAGCUUCAGCCUACAGACUACACAAGGCGAGAUUACCGGAAACGUGCCACUUUCUUUCGACAACACGAAUGUGGAACUGUUACUUUGGACAGGUGUUAACAACGAUGGGCAUUUGAAAACCGAUCUUAUUACAUGCAAGGUUGCUGCUAACAAUCUGCAGCUUCAAUUCAGCCAAGCUGACUCGAACUUGCUAGCCAAUUAUGUUCCACAUAUGCAAAAUUUCAUUCGACAGACCGUUGAACAGGUGGUUUGCCCUUCAUUCCACGCUGAACUUGUUCCUGUCCUCUCGAAUCGCUUGAUGAACACUCCAUUAAGUGCCUCGCUGUUCGAACAAUAUUUCAUCAACUACGCGCUACUCGGACCAGUGGAAUUCACCGCUCAGUCAAUCACGUUGAAACAUCGCGGAAAUUCAUUCGGUAUACUUCGACAAGGUAGUAGACGCACUAGAUUGAAUGACUUCCGUUUACCAUACCGCAGUCCAGCGCUUCAGGUUCCAUCAGCGGAUUCCGGACACAUGGUCGAUUUCUAUUUGUCGAACUACACGCUCAGCUCUUUGCUUUUCUGGAUGGACCAGUACAGAAAGUUUGACUAUGAGAUCAGUCGGCAAGCAACCAACAACACGGCGCUUGUCGGAUAUUUGAAAACCGAUUGCGGUGUUGGAGAUAUUUGCGCUGGAACAUUGUUCCCUGCACUUUCAACACGAUUCCCUGGUGGUGAAGUUGUCAUCAAAUCGCACACGAUUUCCUAUCCAAAAGUUGUUCUAAAGAAAAACAAUGCCACGAUUUUCAUCGACAGUCGGGUCGACGCUUUUGUUCAGCAACAAGACCGCAGUCGGCGAUUCUUAACAGCCUCGAUGAAUGCGGAGGUCAAAUUGGAUAAGGUCUCGUUCAAGGAUUUCGUGCUUCACGGUGAAAUGCGCAUUGACAAGUUCAAAAUUGCUGAUGUAGCAUCGCUUGUCGAUGGAAUUGACGAAGGAUCGCUGGAAUUCCUAGUCAACGCCUUGACUGAAUUAAUAUUGAACGAAGAUAUGGCGAAGAAACUGAAAGGAGGAAUCCAGCUUCCAAUUAUGUUCGACUAUACCCAGCAAACAGCUCAAGUCGAAUUCGAAAAUGGCUACAUUCAUAUUGGAGCUGAUUAUUGUGCAACCGAGAAGUGUUCAACUGUUGCUGACAGCAAGGACACCAACGUGGAUUACUACGAUACGGUUCAGGGUUAG